UCUUGUGUCGGGCUAUCUCGUCCUGUUUCGCUUCUCUCGUUUCGAUCUCUCUUCCUCCUUCUCUUCCUCUUCCACCACAUUCCUUCAAUCUCCCCUCUCUCUCCGUCCUGCUUGACGACUACGAUCCUGCACAGCAAACGAUGAGACCAGAGUCUCUGCAGACCAUCGACCACCGCCGCCCGUGCUUGCACACCUUUCUCCCCCGUUCAGGGAGUCGACUGUGAUUGUGACGCGAGGAACUCCAGAGUCUAGACGUUCCAAUUGAUCCCAAUGACACUUCGAGAAAAGGUGCGGAAGGCCAUUCGCCGGGUCUCCCCUGGCUCUCCAAAGGACGAUGGCAAGCCCAAGAUCGAAUACUACCGGCGGGGUGAAGUCCCCCGCUCCAAGUAUCGCGGCCCUGUCGACCCCGAACACCAGAAGAGAUUGCGGGCAUGGACGUUUGAGGGGGCAAUGGUGGAACGUCGACGGUCCGUCGAUCUGGAAUUGUCGCCGUGUGCCAGUCUUGACGAGCCUGUGCCCCCUCGUGACGAUGAAGAUCCCUCCGAAGCACCAUCGCCGGACGUGGUCGACUUGCCGGACGACGCCCCUACCGUAUGCUACCAGGAGAAUGCAUCCGACCGUCGUACCAAAGUUGGCUCCCAAGCCUCGACUGCUGUCAACAGCGGCGACAGCUGGACCUCCUCCAUAGUCACCCUGCCGACCGAUAACCGGGGUUCCGUUGCUCCAAGGCGGUGUUCCCUUGUUCAGAUCAAGACUCUACCACAGAGCGCACCAACGACACAAACUCGGUCGUCGCUAGACAAACCGACUCCCAUUUCGCCUGACUAUCUCGCACAAGCGUUGAACGCUACUCAGAUCCGUGCUUAAGUCUAAUGUGUGGUCCAAAACUGGAAGACCACGUGCACGACAUUCCUUUCCAUCAUCUCUUAGUCGACUACUCUUCAUUCUGUGCGGAGGAUCCGCUUGCCAGGUCAAGAGGCCCGCACACA